CCAAGAUCUAAUGGAAAAGCUGGUGGACGGGUGACAGCCUUGGUUCUCCGCAAGCGCAGGCUAGCAGCAAAUGCGCGAGAACGCCGCAGAAUGCAAAACCUGAACCAGGCUUUCGAUAGGCUGAGAACUUUUCUACCCCAGCUCGGCCAAGAUAGGCAACUCUCAAAGUACGAAACACUACAAAUGGCCCAAACUUACAUCUCCGCUUUGUACGAACUAUUGGACCAAGCGGAUAGCGGGGGGAACGUACAUUGAUCCAGAACCGGAAGUUGUUUUCGAUUGACGUUGAAACCAAAGGUAUCAUAUGGAUAAUCCG